CUUUCGGUUUCAUCUACAACAUUACUAACGAUCCUGAAUGCCCAGUCUACGGAAAGCGUAGUGCACUAGCGCGAGCGCAGAAGCCAUUAUUGGACAUGGUAUGUAAGUGACACUAUGUAGGGAGCAGGACGCUAUUUAGGAUACGGCCCACAUUCUUCCCCCUCGGUGUCUUUCUGUCGUUGUUCAGUUCAUGUGCGGUGUGUGCAGUAAACACCUGAAUCUCUUCUGCACUCAAAAACCUUCUCUAAAUACACCACACUUCUUCAUUUCGCUUUUUUAUUUGGUGAAUUUAUUUAAUUAUUGGUGAUAGAACGCAUAAGAAGUCCAGCAAAGCAGUAUAACGCCUUAUAACGCGUCUCACAGUUUUGUUCAGGAAUGAAGGAAAAGAUGGCGUUCUAUCUGUUCGUCUUCCUCCUGUUGUGCGUAGACGUCUCCGUGGUGAUGACGUUCGGGGCGACCCGACUCUCGCCUUUUCUCCUUCCACAUUCAUUUACCACUCUCUGGGUCGGAGGGAUUCUGAGGUUCAUAGCCCUUCUCCUCGUUUUCUUUUUUUACCCGUCGAGCCCGGCGUGGAUAAAAAGAUCUAAUGGAGUCCAGACCCUGGCUGUGCACAGUUUGGUCUAUCCGGUAUACGUAACACUGCUGUGGGCAUGCGGCUGGUCGACGCUGGAGCUCACCUGGGGAUGGAACACCUGGCAAGGACUGAUUCAGUGCUACGGUGUUUCGGCUCUCUCGCUGCUGCUGUGGGAACGCUACGUGCCCUCCAUCCUGACAAAGCCCGAGGGUAAACCCAAACAGAAUGGCCAGGCCUCGCUGCAGAGGCUGCUGGGAUACAUGAAGCCGUACCAGCGCCGGUUCACGGCGGUCCUCCUGCUGGUAGUCGCUUCCUCUCUCGGUGAGAUGGCUAUUCCUCAUUACACGGGGAAAAUCACCGACUGGAUCAUGAAGGAGGACGAACCUGACGCUUUUGCCAACGCCAUCAAAAUCAUGUCGAUCCUGACGGCCUUGAGCGCCGUGUUUGAGUUCGUGUGCGAUCUCAUCUACAACACCACCAUGAGCCUCAUACACACCGCCAUCCAGAGUCAGGUGUUCGAGUGUGUGCUGAAACAGGAAAUCGCAUUCUUCGAUCAAAAUUCCUCAGGUGAACUCGUGUCCCGAAUCACCAAAGACACCAACGACAUGAGCGAGUCCCUAAGCGAAGAGCUCAGCCUGCUCAUGUGGUACACCAUGCGUUUAGUUUUCCUCUACGGCUCCAUGCUGCUCCUCUCAUUGCGCCUGUCCAUCUUCACCAUCCUCGGCCUUCCCAUCAUUUGGAUCAUCCCAGAGUUUUCCGGAAGGUUCUACCAGACACACGCAGUCAAAGUGCAGGAGUCUCUCGCCAAAUCGAACAGUGUGGCCACUGAGACGUUCUCCUCCAUCAAGACUGUGAAAAGCUUCGCCAAUGAGGAUGGAGAGUCGGAGAGAUACAGGAAGUGCUUGGAGCACACCUACUCCCUCAACAAAGUGGAAGCGGCUGGUUAUGCAGCUUCAACCUGGACCAACAGCAUGUCCAGUCUGGCCUUGAAAGUGAGCAUCUUGUAUUAUGGAGGCCAGCUGGUGGCAGGAAAUGAUGUCAGCAGUGGUGAUCUGGUGUCUUUCGUGCUGUACGAGCUUCAGUUUAGUCAUGCUGUAGAGGCUCUGAUGUCCUACUACCCUCGAGUGAAGAAAGCCGUCGGCGCCUCAGAGAAGAUUUUCGAGUACGUGGACCGGAAACCUGAUGUUCCUCCUGAUGGUUCUUUAGCUCCCAAGACUCUCAGUGGUCACGUGCGCUUUGACAACAUCACUUUUGCGUAUCCGACGAGGCAAGACGAGAAUGUUCUCAAAGGCGUUUCUCUUGAGCUGAAGCCUGGAGAGAUCACCGCUCUGGUAGGUCCAGCGGAUGGCGGUAAAAGCACAAUCGUCAGGCUUCUCGAGAGGUUUUACCAGCCACAGGAUGGAAAGAUAUUCCUGGACGAGCAGCCGCUGCAGGACUACAAGGAUCAGUAUCUGCAUGAGAAGAUCAGCGUGGUUGCUCAGGAGCCGGUCCUGUUCGCUCGCUCCAUCAGAGAGAACAUCAAAUACGGAAAAACGGACGCCACGGACGACGAGAUGUAUAAGGCUGCUAAACUGGCCAAUGCUCACAAAUUCAUCAGUGACUUUCCACAAGGCUAUGACACUGAUGCCGGAGAAAAAGGAAGUAAAGUAUCCGGAGGUCAGAAGCAGCGAAUAGCCAUAGCAAGAGCCCUGAUCCGGAACCCACAGAUCCUCAUUCUAGAUGAUUCCACGAGUGACCUGGAUACUGAGAGCGAGCAUGUGGUGCACCAGGCGCUGCUGAAGAAGUCGAACGGUCGCUCCGUGCUGCUCAUCACCAACAAGAUGAGUGGCGUUGAGACGGCCAACAACGUGGUGUUCCUGCGUAAGGGAGAGGUGCUGGAGCAGGGCAGCCAUGACGAUCUGCUGAAGAGGGACGGGCAGUACGCCGAGUUUGUGCGUCUGCAGAACACCAGCUUUCAUCGUAACGCUCAGGAAGACAGCGAAACCUCCGAAUCAACAGAGUAAUGAAGUGAAUUUAGCACCCGGUUCAGUUGCGUCACAUGGUGUACUGUUUCAUUUGGGGGGGGGGGAUCCCUAACAUCAAACACAUGACGACAUCGACUAAAUAUGCCAGUAUUCACAAGAUGACAAGAUGUUUAUGAACGUCUACAUAUCAUUUACCUCUUAUUGGUGUGUUUAUGAUAUUUAGAUCAUCAUAGACAGAAAAUUGGAUGCUUUUAUUAAACAAAAUACAAACAAUACAUUAUGAGUGGCUCUAAAUAGUUAUAGAUGCCUUAAAACGUGCUUCUAUAAGAGUGUAAUAUAGAGUAAUAUCGAUUUCCUCUGAAAAUAAAGCUUUAUAACAGUGUUAUUAACGCCCAUGCAGGAACAUGACAAAAACAUGCAGGUAAUCACAUCAAAAUAUAAAAUUGCAUAAUGAAUAAAACACGGGGGCUUUUGAUUAUAUAGAAAAGUAAUCACUUCCUCUCAAACCAUGGCAACUUUUUAAUGAUUAUGUCGUAUGUGGGAAUUUUUGAACUGGUUAUAGUAAAAUAUUAGAGGCAUCCACAAACAAUUUAUCACUUAUGUUACAUCAGAUAAAAAAAAAAAAAAAAAGUGCUGACACAGCAAAAUCCUUCCAAAUGUCUCCUUUCGUUAUUCGCAAUCCAUCAAUUUAGGCAGCUGAAAGUGUUUUUAUAAAGACAAUGUGAGAACAUGCAGAGAGUGGAAAUGAAACUGAAUCAUCCCCCCCCCCGUUCAGUCCUUUAUACAAUGUUGAGAAAAAAACAGUCGUCAACAGUAACAUUAUUCUCAUUAUUAACGGAUUUUGGGAAUACUGGCAUAAGAUGCUCAUAAAUGCCCAAGCAGUUCUUUAUGAUCAUGUCAUAAUGUCUCGAUUUUCCCAACAACACAUAUAUAUAUAUAUAUACACACAUAACUCACUACUUUUCAUCAUGUCCUGCUGUCUUCUCUACUUCUGAAGUGUUGAUGUGUUUGUGCAAUGUAAAUGAUAGGAUUUUUAAAUUAGGUGUAAAUAUCAUAAACAUUGAGAAUCAAUAAAAUAAGUACACAAACGUUAUUUUUCCUAUAAAGCUUCAAACUUGCAAUUAAAAUGCCCUUUUUUUGUAAAUUUCCAAAUAAAAAGGUUUCUGCCUGUGAAUUAUUAUUAUUUUUUUAUUUUAAACCACUGUAUUUUCACCGUACAGUAUGUCACUUUAUUGUAUGUUUUUUUUGUGUGUUGUGAUGCUUAUUUCUGUUCGAUGAUAUGAGGGUGUGGCUGAACACGCAAGUGUAACUCCACGUAUCAGACGUAACGAGCUUCCUGAGUUAUUUAAUAUACCAGUUCGAAUCGGUGCAAAGCUACAAAACUGAGUCUGUGGGAACACGUUGUUGGUAUGCGUUAGUUGUGUUGUUUUUUAGGCUGGAAUUUGUUCUGAGGUCUUUGUUAAUAAACCUAAAUCAGAAUCUU